CAUCAUGCCCCUUAUUUCAAUCAAAUGGAAGCAAUCACCCACCAAUUGGCUCUCAGACUAUCGGAGGGCAAUUUUGGCCGAGAAAAGUUACCAAGAUAUUUUGAAGGUGGCAAUUUAGUCCGAAUAAAGUUACCUAACACAACUGCCUCCUUCUCCGCCGCCGCCACCACCACUACACCAAAACUAGCUCAGCCAAUCCGAGCGUCCGCCGGUGCCGGAGCUAGACCCGAACCCGACACCACUCCCUUCUCAUCGGAGAUGGCUUCUCACGAUCCGGCUAGCAAAGACACUCGGAUCGCCCAGAUUUCAUCCGUCAUUCGCGUCAUCCCUGACUUCCCCAAACCCGGGAUUAUGUUCCAGGAUAUAACGACGUUGCUGCUUGAUCCCAAGGCGUUCAAGGACACUAUCGAUUUGUUUGUGGAGAGAUAUCAGGACAAAAAGAUCAAUGUGGUUGCAGGCAUUGAAGCAAGAGGUUUUAUUUUUGGCCCUCCAAUAGCAUUGGCUAUAGGGGCAAAAUUUGUUCCUAUGAGGAAACCCAAGAAGUUACCUGGUGAGGUUAUCUCAGAAGAAUACUCUUUGGAGUAUGGAACAGAUGUAAUGGAGAUGCAUGUAGGUGCUGUCCAAGAAGGGGAACGUGUUCUUAUAAUAGAUGAUCUCAUUGCAACUGGGGGUACCUUGGGUGCUGCAAUCAGGCUAAUUGAGCGUGUUGGCGGCACUGUGGUUGAGUGUGCUUGUGUUAUUGAAUUGCCAGAACUGAAGGGAAGGGCGAGGUUAGGAGACAAACCGCUGUUUGUUCUUGUGAGCUCAACUUGAUUAUGAAAUGUAGCAGUGGGAAAAGAAGGUUGCUCAAGUUGUUCCCAUUCAAGAGAGAUCUUAACAAUCUUAUCUUCUUAUAAUAACAGCAGAAAAUUGAACCCUGGCUUUGGUCAGUUGACUGUAAUAAGAUUUAAAGGUUGUUGUUUUAGUUGGAUUGUUGCAUAGUAUAACACAAGACAUCUUAUUUAUGUGUGAUCAUCAACUUUUCUAUUUCACUACUUACAACUUGAAUACUACUCAUGUUCUAAUCGGAUAAAUUCUUAUCUUUAUUUUCUUUGAGAAUUGAAGUGAACGCAGCCAA